CCCUCCCCAGACCCGGGGAGGGGGGGACUGCAGUGGGGUCCCCUCUCCCACUUCCCAGGCUAGCCGGGGAGCAGCCACCUGGGCUGACAGCUGGAGCUCCGGUCACGCCCGGGGUGGCUGACAGGAUUUCAAUAUAAAAUUAAGCCGAUGAAGUGGGUUCUAGCCCACGAAAGCUUAUGCCCAAGUAAAUGUGUUAGUCUCUAAGGUGCCACAAGGACUCCUCAUUUUUUUUUCUAGUUGAUUCAGUUGUUUAUUUGAGGGUUUCCCUCCCACCCUUUCUAUGUCCGAUGAAGUUUCUCUUCCCUGCUGGAGUGUAGGCUCCUGUCUCUUGUUAGCUUGACAGCUUUGUUUAUCUGAGGUGUCAAUGAAUUCUCAUUGUCUUUGAAAGUACUUUGUAAUUAGCUGCCUGGUGGAGGAACCACAUUCCUUUGUUCAGGGCGGGGUAACUCCUGUGUGACUGGAAGAAAACAUCCUGCCAUGUGAGCAUUCUCUUACUCAGAAAUCCCGACUCCCGACUCCCGAGAGUCUGCGGUGGGGCGCUGGCCUCACGGUUCAGUUGGUGCCUGGUGUCUGUGGCGCAGUCCGUGGCAGGCUUGCCAGGCGGUCACAUGGCUGCAGGGCUAGAACUUGGGACCUUUUGCUCCAAAGCCACAGCCCUGCCCUGGAGGGGGACCUCCAUCGCCAAGAGCAGCACUGCCGGCUCCCCCUAGCUAAGGGGGCGGCACAACCGCCCGUGCUGGAGCAGGCUGGCCAUGGCCCAUCUGCACAUCUGCUAUCUGCUCCAAGGCAUGAUGCUCCUGCCAGGUCACAGGUGCCAAGUCACAGGAGCCUGUCCAUGGCUCUCUGUACCUCACUCUCAUUCUUUCUUCAGACUCCUGCUGGAAACAAUGCAGCCCCUCGAGGUCAGGUCUGUGUUCGAGGCUGCCCAGGACCCCACCUUCCUGCAUGGACUCUCCCUCGUCAAUGGCUUUUCAGAGGACUUGCCGUCCACAGACUCGAAUGCCAUAGUGCAAGAGAAGCCAGUGGCGGGCGAUGGGGAGGAGAGAGCCCGCGGGGUCCCAGAGAUAUCGGACCGGAUGUGCUGCUCAUCCUGCUCCCGGGAGUUUGACAGCAGGGAGGAGCAGACUGAGCAUUACCGCCUGGACUGGCACCGCUUUAACCUGAAGCAGCGUUUGCUAGGGCGCCGGGCACUCGCAGCAGAGGAGUUUGAGGAGAAGACCCGUGCAGGUGACGUCUCCAGCAUCUCUGGGUCCGAUUCUGAUGACUCCGAUUCGGGCAGCGAGUCCGAUCUGCUCUCUCCCCGAAGCCACGGCGACCCGGGGAGCGGCCAGCAAAGCCACCGCCCAGGCACCCGCUCGGCUAAGGUCCUGUUCCACAACUCCCAGGGCCAGCUGCUCUCUGCCUACCGCUGUGUGCUGGGCAGUAAGAAGGGCGGUGGUGAGCAGCAGGCAGAGCUGGUGGCAUCUCUGCAGAGCCUGGGCGCAGGCACCUGUUGGGUUAUCCUGAUGACAGGCGGUGGACACUUUGCAGGAGCCGUUUUCAGGGGGCCUGAGGUGCUGGAUCACAAGACCUUCCACCGGUACACGGUGCGUGCCCGCCGGGGCACGGUGCAGGGACUGCGCGAUGCCCAGGGCCAGGCCUCCAUGCCCAAAUCGGCCGGCGCCUCACUGCGGCGGUACAACGAGGCGGCUCUGCUCAAGGACAUCCAGGACCUACUGGCCGGCUGGGCGCAGCAUCUGCAGGGAGCCCAGCGCAUCUUCCUGCGUGCCCCCCGUGCCAACCGGGCACUGCUCUUCAGCGGCAGGAACCCCCCUCUGCACAAGGACGACCCCCGCGUCUACAACAUCCCCUUCAGCACCCGCAGAGCCACCUUCAGGGAGGUGCUGCGGGUGCACACGGCUCUGGCCACCCUGCAGGUGUAUGGGAAGGACACAGCGGUGGCGGAUCUCGCUGGCUCCCCCCGGAAGGGCUGGAGGAAAGUGCCGUGUGCGCGGGUGGAAGAGCCCCAGCAGGGUGACGCCAGCACCCCGUCGGAGGAGGAGAGCCAGGCUGGGGAGCUGGAGACGGUGGAGGUGACGCUGAGCACGCUGCAGCUCCGGGAGUUUGAGGUGACGCCUAAGCGAAGCCGCAAGAGGAGGAGGAAGAAAGAGAAAGUGGGGAGAGGAGCAGGGGCCCGCGCCGAGGGGCCAGGAGGCCAGGAAGAGCCCCAGGGCUCAGCACCCCAGCCGGGAGCAGAGACGGUGGCAGACCCUCAGGAAGGGCCUGGGGCAGAGCCUGCUCCCUGGGGGAAAGGAGAAACGCUCCUGGGCCAGCUCCGCGACGCCCUGUUCACGGCCUGCAAGACAGGGGACGUGGGGACGCUGCGGCGCCUCCUGGGUGUGGCGGAGAGCGGGGCACCCCCAGCAGGCAGCGAGGAUGGUGCCAUGGGGCAGCCCCAAGGCCACCCUGGCAGGGUGCAGAGUGAGGGGUCAGAGCCCAACCGCGCAGCCCCUUGGGCAACCCCUGGGCUCCUCUCGCUGCUCAGCGAGCCCAUCGACGGGACCGGCUUCACCCUGCUGCACGUGGCGGCUGCGGCAGGGAAGGGGGCGGCUGUGCGACUGCUGCUGGAGGCUGGUGCUGACCCUGCGCUCAGGGACUGGCAGGAGCGGCCCCCGUACUGUGUCUCUGCCGACAAGUCGACACGCAACGUCUUCCGCAAGUUCAUGGUGGAUCACCCAGCCAAGUACGACUACGGGCAGGCCAAGGUGCCCGGGCCCCUGACGGCGGAGAUGGAGGCCAGGCGGCUGGAGAAACAGCGGGCGCAGAGAGCGCAGCGGAAGCAGCGGGCGCAGGAGCUGAGGGGGCAGCAGCAGCGGCUGGCGCAGGAGCAGGAGGAGAAGCGGCGCUUUGCGGCCCUGCCAGACCGAGAGAAGGCGCUGCUGGCAGUGCGGGGAGUCCCUGCUGGGCCGGAUCCCCUUCCACUACCUCGACUUCUCCUUCUGCUCCACGGGCUGCCUGCAGACCCACCGCCGGGGCCGCGCCGGCCCCACCUAGCACCCGCGCCAGGCCGGCCAAGCCAGGGGGCUGCCACGUGUGGAAACGGACUGUCGCCUGCUGGGUGCUGUGGGGGAGGGGGAGGCGUUGGGCACUCCCGGGGGGGCUGAGCCCGAGUCACAGCCUCCUUCCCAGCCCAGGGGGCAGCCCCCUGCACCUGCCCCCGCCUUGAGGGGAAGGGGAUCAUGGCACAGGAUGGGUUGGGUGGGGGGACGAGCACCAACCCUUGGGCGGGAGCAUCAGUAACACAAGGGGCAGGGCCCUGG